AAAUACAAAUUCAUACACAAUAUUAUUUUUUUGUUUUCAAAAUGUGGAAUAACACACUUAAUUAUUGCGGUUUCUAAAUUGUUUUUACUUAAACAUAGUAGAGAAAUCCAAUUGGUGCAUUAUGUUUUCUUAUAAAUAUAUUCAGAACGUCCUUGGGGAACAUGUGCCAUGGCACCUUAUUCGUAAGCUCCAGGUAUGUCAGGCAAAUAGGAUUUAUGAUUAUAAAUUAAAUUAUUUUAGUUGAAAAAAAAAACAAUUUGAUAUAUGUUAGAGUCUUUUUAUCUAUUGAAAAGAUGCUUUCUACAUGAUACACGAUUUCUAACUGAUAAGUGCAUGAAAUUUUACCAUAUAUUUGAUAACAUUAGUUAAUUGGAAACUUUUGUAUCGAGGUUGGUAGUUAUUUGCGAAGAUAGUAGUGAAAAGAUCACUUUCAUGUGAGACACAAACUACGGUGAAACACGAAAACAUUGCGGCACAUUUCGCAAAAAUCUUCAAACAAUGGUAGUUUUAAUGUCAUUAAAGCAGUUGCUUUUGGCAAUACAAAUACUGCAUAUACAAUUGGAAAUAGAAGGAUUGCAAAUAGCAACACUCAGUAAUGAAGCUAACAAGUCCGCAAUCGUUGAAAGCUUGUACAAGGAACUACGACAGAAAGAGGAAUGGAAAUCAAGCUACUUUCUCAAUAAUGAUUGGCUACACAACAGGGAUGUUUUAAUUAAAGCCAAUGGAGAUAUUUUCGCUUUCUGCAGAAUCCUAAAACAUUUUGACAACAAUAAACAGUUAAAUAUGACCGAUUCGACUAACCAAAGUAUAGCACGAUAUGGAAGAGCAGAGAAAGGUGCUCCAGUAUGGAUUACACCGUUAUUAUUUGCCAUUUUUAAUGAGAAGGAAGAACAAUACUUUUCCUUGAUGGCUAUUGACGUAGAUACUUCCCUUAAUGCAUCUGUCUGCUAUCGUCUAGAGUUCCAAGAGGACUAUUCUAAUUUAAUGAAUAUCGAUUCUAAGAAUGGAAGUUUACAUGUUUCGCCCAUAGAUAGGGACCUGUUAAAUAAAGAAAUCUUUACAUUUUACUCGUGUGCGUACAAAUGCAACGAUGACAGCUCGGCUAUUCGAAGUUUAACUACAUUCGUAAUUCAAGAUCUCAACGAUCAUAUCCCGGAAAUAGUUAUAAAUCCAAACACCAUUCAAUUGGUGGAGUCAAAAUAUGAUGUUAUACAAUUGCAGCAGUUCUAUAUUGUGGAUAAAGACUUGGGCGAAAAUGGAACUUUCAACGCGUGGUUGUCAGUGGAUGUCAAAUAUUCGAAAGCUUUUUCAUUAAUGCCAUCACAAGGUUAUCAACUAACUAAUUUCUCCAUAUCUGUUGCACGUGCGGAGCUUUUGGAUUAUGAGAACGAGGAUUGGCGACAUUUUGAUUUGGUGAUUGUCUCCCAAGAAGUAGGAAAUACCUCGCAUAGUAGUUCUACCAUAUUACAAGUUCAGCUUGUUAAUUGGAACGAUGAAUGGCCCACAUUUGAGAAAGAAGUGUAUGAUAUUAAUGUUUUCGAAAACAUCAGCGGUGGUACAUAUUUAGCUAGGUUAUUUGCCAUUGAUUUAGAUGUUGAUGACGUUGUAAUUCAUUCUAUUGUUGGCAAUGUUUCGGGUUUUCAAAUCAAUGCCAUCACAGGGGAAAUUACCGUAAGUGGAGAUGAUGUUUUUGACUUUGAACGUCAAAGCACAGUAAUGGUACAAGUGAAAGCUAUGGAUUCCUUAGUGACAUCAUAUUCCAAUAAGCUGCAUAGCACACAAGCGCAAUUAAACAUUAAUGUUUUGGAUAUUAAUGACGAGACUCCAAUUUUGAGAGUGCCAGAGUCAUCGAUUUAUGUUAUGGAAAAUGUAGAAAACCUUACUAUUCUCACGGACAAAAUUAUGGCCUACGAUCCUGACACUACAGCUAAAUUGAAUCUUAAAAUUAACUGGGGAAAAUCCAAUGCCACCAAAAGCGGAAAGUCAGUUUCCAAAGAACUAUAUAUGGGAUGUUUUAUAAUUGAUUCUGAAUUAAUCGCUAAUAACCAUACAAUUCAUGGUUAUUUACGUGUUAAUUCGCAAUUUAAUAGACCAAUAGAUUAUGAGGAAUAUGAUACUAUCAUUCUUGUGAUUGAAGUUAUAGAUAUCCAUCAAGAAAUCAAUGAUGAUUCAGCAGCAGCUAUAUUGGUGGUGCGAAUAGAAGACGCCAAUGACAACGCGCCUCAAUUCCAAGUUGGUUCUCUAGAAGGCUUCAAAAGUAUACCAGAAAUGGAAGCUAUCAAUACUGUUAUAGGUACAAUUGCGGCAUUCGAUAUCGAUGGUCCUGGCAAUAAUAAUAUUAAUUUUGCCAUACGUUCAUUGGAUAAUUUUACUGAAGAUGGUUUAAUUAGUAUAAACAGUGAGAGCGGAGUUUUAUACAUCAGCGGUAACAUACAGUGUGACAUACCGCAAAUUUAUAACCUAAACUAUGAUAUUAUUUUAACGGACGGACAGCAUAUAACAACUGAAAAGAUUGCCUUACAAAUAACAGAUAUUAACAACCAGAUUCCGAAGUUGGAUAAUUUUGAACAAAAUAUUUCUGUUUACGAAAAUGCCAGCACUGGAUUUUAUAUAACUCAAAUAAGAGCGCAUGACGAUGACAGAGACGCACCACAUAAUAUAGUGGAAUACAAUAUCGUGAAUGGGGGUUCUAGUGAGAUCAAUAAGCUUUUCUAUUUAAAUAAACUGGAUGGGGUGCUAUCAGUACGGUUACUAAAUAAUACAGUUUUAGACAGAGACAAUGGUGUAACGUUUUAUUUGAUUGAAAUUGAGAUUAAAGACCACAGCUCUGAAAAUGGACCUGUAAAUCAAAUAUCUACUUUUGUAAAUGUAACGCUGUUGGAUGUCAAUGACAAUGCACCAGCAAUGCCACCUACCUCAAUGUUCUCACCGGAGUUCUCAGAAACUGACUUGAUGGAAACCUACAGCAAGAUCGCGCUAAAUGUUGAAGACAUCGAUGAAGCGAAUACACCCAACUCACAGAUUACAUUUGUCAUCUUAAAUAUUUCACCAGCCCAAAGUAAUGCAAUUCAUGUAAAAAAUUACAACGACUUAUUCCGAAUGGACAACAAUGGAUAUUUAAUUACCAAUAGAGAUUUAAAGGGUUAUUACGGACUUUGGAAUAUUGAAAUUGCUGCAUCUGAUAAUGGCACACCCUCUCUGACUAAUACUUCUAGUUAUCGGUUAUAUGUACACGCAUAUAACUUUCAUGCGCCCAAAAUAAUUUUUCCUAAACCUAAUAAAGCGAUACGACUUUGUUAUACUUUACAGGACCCAAGUGAGUCAUUGUAUCAAGCAGAUUGUCUAACACGGCUUCCCUUAUUUCAAGCCUACGACCCCGAUGGUGGAGAAUAUGGUGACAUAACAUUCAACAUUAGUAGCAAAGAUGCACACCAGUAUUUUAAAAUUGUUAAAGAAAAUCGGAAGCAAUCUAGUCUUUAUAUAAACCAUAAACUUCUUGCCGGUAUUUAUUAUUUAAAUGUUCGUGCAGUGGAUGGUGGUGGUAGUUCUUCUACUGAAAUUCAAAAUCUUAAAAUCGUUUGUGUAGACAAAUCAGAAAAUCCGGUGUUUCUCAACCAGGUCUUUUACACCAACUUCACAGAAAACGAAUUAGGUUUAGAAGAAGAGCGUUUUAUACCUGAAGCUUAUGAUCCAAAAAAUGAAGGCCUGGAGCAAAAUGAGGACCUUUUUAAAUUGUACUAUUUCAUUUUAGAUGAUGUCUUUAUGGAACAUGCGAAGUAUUUUCAAUUGAACAAAAAUACGCGUUCACUGCGGCUGCUUACACCAUUAGAUCGGGAAUUUGAACCUAAACUCAGAAUUCGCAUUAAGGUGUCAAAUGAUAGGAAUGGGAACGUCACAGGCUCGAAAAAUGAAAAUUUCAUGCUUGACGUAAUUAUAGGGGUUAACGAUGUGAAUGACAAUGCGCCGAUAUUUUCUCAAGUAUUGUACUCAGGGGGAGUCUCUGUAAAUGAUGCAAUUGGAAAGGAGAUAUUAGUCGUAAAGGCGAAAGAUGUUGAUCUGAAUGAUACAGUAUUCUAUAAUAUGGACGAAUCAUCCAUCGAAGCUGUCGGUGUUGGUAUUGACGACCAUAAAACAAAGCUGUUUACUAUGAAUUAUACGACUGGAGUUUUGGCAUUGGGGAACUACAUCUCUAAGGAUAUGCAUGGAUUUUUUGAAGCAAAAGUGGUUGCUAAGGACACAUUUGACCCUCCCCAUAGAACAAUUGCAUCCAUAAAGAUUUAUAUUGUGUCUGAGAAAAAUCGAGUUAAGUUUGUGUUCUUGAGCUCGAUUGUGGCUAUCCGCAACAACGUAGGAUUUAUUCGCGAAAUAUUCCAAGAAGCGUACGGUUAUGACACGUGCAACGUUGACUUCAUCGUAGACAUUACCAACCAGGUACAUUCUAGUAUUCGUAGACUCGAUAACAGCGGUUUUGGUUUGGUUUUCAUAACAAAUGUAAUUGCGCAUUUCAUCAAUAAUAACGAUCCAGUAGAUGGAUUGGAGAUACAAAGGCAUGCUACCGAUUUGGCUUUUGUUUCAAAAUUGCAAAAUAUAUUGCAAAAACGGCAACUAAUACUGAACGACGUACCACACUUGGUCUCGGAAAAAGUUUCGGCUCCAACUGUUGAUAAUUGGGUGCUGAUCGUUUUAAUAGCUGCAUGCACAAUUUUAGCGUUAAUUACACUUGCGUUGAUCCUAGUUUUCCUGUUGAAAAUACGCGCAUUGAAGCGACAAAUAAAAGCAUUCGAAGCCCCUGAGUUCGGGUCAACAGCAUCGGCUUUGAACCGCCAUAAUAUCCCGAAUACGAACUUUUUUUCGGUUGAAGGUUCAAAUCCGGUGAUUAAUCCGGAUAACCGUGAAUUACCACUGAGGGGUGUUUACGACCAGUCAAGCAGUUCAGACGAAAAUGACGAUUUAUAUGAUUUACAUGAUGAUCCAACAUUCGAAAUGAGAAGUUUUGAGAAAAAGUUGGAUAACACAUAUGAGCGCAGAAGUUUCAAUGUUACCUCUGUUAAGGAAGAAAUGAAGAAAAACUCACAUGGUGACAUUGAGCGGUUUUAAAUUUUCGAAAAUAUUUAUUUAUGGUUUACUCGUAUAAAGUAAGAAAAACCUAUGUAAUUAUCAUAAUUGUAUUACAAUAGUGAAAAAUAUGCAAUUAUCAUUUGUCAUAAAACAAAAAAUUAAAUAAUUUAAGUAUUUUAAUUGUUUUUAUGAACAGAAUUACACGGAAAUUCUUUGAAUAUCAUUAUACGAAUUUAUUCGAAAAUAUAUGAAGAAUAUAUACUGAAGCCAUGGUCUUUUGAAUCUCGUAUAAAACCUACAGUACGAAUUCUAUUUAAAUAAUCUUGUCUUGUUGAGUAUUACUAGCUAGCUAGGUCAUAUAGCAAACCCACAAUCCCAAAUUGAGAAAUUAAGUCAAAAUUGAAAAAAAAUGCUUUGAUUAUAUUUUAUGUAUCUACAUGUAUACAUUUAAUUAUUACAUAUUAUUUAUUAUAGUAUGGUAAAAAAGUGGUAAUUUCAUCGACAAGUUAAUAAGAAAUUUAGGCAUUAGAACAAUCCUUCAAUUUCUCCAGUUUCAGUGUUCAAAUCAAUGUCGUAUAUCGCGGGACGAGUUGAAAGACCAGGCAUUUUAGUAAUUUCUCCACACAUAGCAAC